GUCAAAGGUGAACCGGGAAAGUCCAUCGCGGCUCCUUUUCUGCUGCAGCGACCCGUUGGAUCAACAGUUAAUGAAAGUCAGACAGCCAUCUUGAAAUGUGUAGCGGACGGUAAUCCAACUCCACAGGUCACGUGGUACAAGCUGAAUUCAUCGCUUCCCAUUGGACGUCACGUGACUACCAGUAGCGCUCUGAUUGUGAAGGACGUUAGACCAGAAGACGAUGGAGUUUACAGAUGUAGAGCUGAAAACUUGCUGGGCAGCAUCAACGCGACAGUAAAUCUUAUUGUUCAGUGUAAGAUUGAGUGUUUUGUAAUAAUAAAUCUUUGAGCAACUGAAGUUGAUGAAAUUAAGGUGUAGACUGUUAACUAAGUACAACAUUUGACGAGGGCGCGUGGUAGCCAGUGAGUUUUAUAUUUGACUUUUAUCAAUUAGUUCUUGUUGUUAACGUGAAUAAAUAUUCGGCAAUUUAAGUUCAGUAAUGGUUCUUGCUUUCCUUUUUAAAAGCCAGAAGAGACUAAAAAAGUGAGCACAGGAUCUUAUUACCAAAAGCUAAGAGACUAGUUUAAGGAGUGCAGUGUCAAAAAUGCAGAUGUAAGAAACUUGCUACAGCUGUACUUCGAUCCGAAACGUGAUGCUAAAUUAAAUUAGAGGUAACGAAUAUUUAAGGUUUCAAUGAAAGCAAUAACCAAUACAAGAAAAAUCUGGUAACUUCAUCAAAGAGAGAGAGGAAUUUAAGAGUACAGAAUUCACAUUUGUAAAUCCUAGAAACUAUGAAAGGAGGCAAUUUGCUUGAAAGUUUGUUGUUUCCAGCCGUUAUUUUUCAUUAAAUGAGAGGUUUUUUUUCCAUUUCUCAUUAGUUGGUCCUCAACUUUUCUUAUCAUCCAAACGACUGAUGGCUAAAGAAAAGCAAAAUGUCACUAUCGCCUGCAACGUUGCUGGUAAGCCGCACCCAAGUAUCACGUGGUCAAAAGCCUUUAGUUAUUUGUCUAAAGACAAAGCUGUCGUUAAGAAUGGAGCCCUUACAAUCUAUAACGUUGCAAAAAACGACGGUGGUAUAUACAUGUGCAAGGCAGAGAAUAUUCUGGGACGGGCCACUGACACAGUUCAACUCGUGGUUUUUUCUCCCCGCAGUUCAAAAUCCGUCCUCCUCAAGUAGUAACACCUUCAAUUGGUUCAAAUGUCCGCUUGACGUGUUUGGCCGAGAGUGAUCUGAGACCAACAAUAACGUGGGAGAAAGAGGGCAAGUUGUCACUUCCCGUUGACACGUAUUUUUUCCCAAAUGGAACAUUGCUUUUUCGAGACAUCAAAAAAAUACACGAAGGAUCUUACAUCUGUAGAGCAACUAAUGCUCUAUCUACAAUAAAAACGAAAGUUAAAAUCAAUUCCCCUGUUAAAGUUACUUCCUGUUCAGUGGUAAGAAAAUACUUCAGCGGUGUAAGUGGAAACUACGUCAUUGAUCCAGAUGGCGAGGGAGGCCUGGCAUCAUUCACAGUCUACUGUGACAUGACAGAUAAGAGUGGAGUUGGCGUGACAGUGAUAGGUCACAACAGUGAAAGCAGAACACAUGUAAAGGGGUAUGGCGGUCGAGGUAGUUAUUCACGUGACAUUCAUUACACAGGAGCGAGUCUGUCUCAGCUGGCAGGUCUCACUAGAGUCUCUUCACACUGUGAACAGUUUAUCAAGUACGAAUGUUAUCACUCUGUUAUGUUUAGCCCUAUUUAUGGCAGUCCAUAUGCAUGGUGGGUGUCACGUGAUUCUACUAAGAUGACGCACUGGGGCGGAGCAUUUAUCAAUCGUAGGUGCGCAUGCGGGAUGACCUACUCAUGCGCAGACUUUAGUCAUGGUUGUAACUGUGAUACGAAUGACAAUGUAUGGCGUGAAGACAGCGGUAUGCUGACUGACAAGACAAAGCUUCCUGUCAAACAGCUCAGGUUUGGGGAUACUGGUGGCAACGAUCAAGGUUACCACACACUGGGCAAAUUUAAGUGUUACGGCACAGCAUAA